GACAACUAACGUGUGGCAAUCACAUUCCUCGUCCUCUAUAACACCCAAGACUCAACCUCCAGACUCUAAUUCCAUAGAGUCGAUCAUCGAUAUAACAACCCAAAAGAGGCCUACCGCAGCCCCACACAACUACACCUUUUCGACCACAGGCAUCUUGCCACUCAUAGAUUAAAACUUCGAUUCAUAUCGCUCAAACUCGCCAUGUUCUCUGUCGCUCGAACACUCCGUGCCUCCAAGGCCUUGCCUUUGCGAAAUGCGGCCAGGGUCAUUCCCUCGGUUCAAACUCGAUAUGCUAGUUCCAAGCCCGAGACCAUCAUCGGUAUCGAUCUCGGUACUACCUUCUCGUGUGUAUCCAUCAUGGAGGGUCAGACUCCUCGAGUCAUCGAGAACGCCGAGGGUGGUCGUACUACCCCCUCCGUUGUCGCUUUCACCAAGGACGGCGAGCGUCUGGUCGGACAGCCGGCCAAGCGUCAAGCCGUCGUCAACCCCGAGAACACCCUUUUCGCUACCAAGCGACUUAUCGGACGAAAGUUCAAGGACGCCGAAGUUCAGAAGGAUCUCGACAACGUUCCUUUCAAGAUCGUAUCGCACUCCAACGGAGACGCUUGGGUCAGGGCUCAGGGCAAGGACUACUCGCCCGCUCAGAUCGGAGCUUUCGUCGUAGGAAAGAUGAGGGAGACCGCCGCUGCCUACCUCGGCAAGCCGGUUAACCAUGCCGUCAUUACCGUUCCGGCCUACUUCAACGAUUCUCAGCGUCAGGCGACCAAGGACGCUGGUGCUAUCGCCGGUCUUGAAGUGCUCCGAGUGAUCAACGAGCCUACUGCUGCCGCUCUCGCUUACGGUCUCGACAAGUCCGACAGCUCUAUCAUCGCCGUCUACGACUUGGGCGGUGGAACCUUCGACGUGUCCAUCCUGGAGAUGCAAAAGGGAGUCUUCGAGGUCAAAUCGACUAACGGAGACACCCACCUCGGUGGUGAGGAUUUCGAUAUCACCCUCGCCAACCACCUCGUUAGCGAGUUCAAGAAGGCCGAGGGGAUUGACCUCUCCAAGGACAGGAUGGCUAUCCAGCGAAUCCGAGAGGCCGCUGAGCGAGCCAAGAUCGAGCUUUCAUCCACUUCCCAGACCGACAUCUCCUUGCCUUACAUCACCGCCACUGCCGACGGCCCCAAGCACAUCAACACCACCUUCUCCCGAGCCAAGUUCGAGGCUCUUGUCAAGCCCUUGGUUGACAGGACCAUCGACCCUUGCAAGAAGGCUUUGGCUGAUGCAGGUGUCAAGCCCAACGAGAUCAACGAUGUCAUUCUGGUCGGAGGAAUGAGCCGAAUGCCCAAGGUCAUUGAGACCGUCAAGGGUUUGUUCGGACGGGACCCUAGCAAGGGUGUCAACCCCGACGAGGCCGUCGCCAUCGGUGCCUCCAUUCAGGCCGGUGUUUUGAGCGGAUCCGUUCAGGACAUUCUGCUUCUUGAUGUCACCCCCUUGUCUCUCGGAAUCGAGACCUUGGGAGGAGUGUUCACUCGAUUGAUCAACAGGAACACGACCAUCCCCACCAAGAAGAGUCAGACCUUCUCAACUGCCGCCGACGGUCAGAGCGCCAUCGACGUCAAGGUCUACCAGGGUGAACGUGCACUCGUCAGGGACAACAAGCUUUUGGGCAACUUCGUCCUGAGCGGGCUGCCUCCUGUCGCUCGAGGUGUACCUCAGAUUGCCAUUACCUUCGACAUCGACGCCGAUGGUAUCGUCAAUGUAUCCGCUGUCGACAAGGCUACCAACAAGGAGCAGACCAUGACCAUCACCUCGAGCUCGGGUCUUUCCGACUCUGAGAUCGAGCGAAUGGUUCAGGAGUCCGAGAAGUUUGCCGAGGCCGACAAGGCCAAGCAGGCUGUCAUCGAGCAGUCCAACAAGGCCGAGGGAUUCACGCAGGAGAUCGAGAAGAACUUGCAGGAGUUUGAGGCUCAGCUCGACGCCACUGAGAAGGAGACCGUCAAGAAGCUGGUAGCAGAGCUCCGUGAGAUGGCUGCUGCUGGUUUGAGGGGAGACGACAUUACCCCCGAGGCAUUGAAGGAGAAGUACGACGAGACCCAACAAGCCUCUCUUGGUCUGUUCAAGAAGGUUUACGAACAGCGAGCCGCCAACGCCAACGCCGAAUCUGAGCCUUCGUCCAGCGAGUCCACUGACGGCGAGAAGAAGAACUAGACAAUUUAGAAAAGAUGCAUCGACACCACCCACGACAGGCUGUGACCAUUGUACAUAUAAUAUCAAGAUGACAACAUUUCUCAAAUAGCAAACAGUCGAGCAGUUCAGUAACGAUGAUGUUGACAAGCCGUGGUGCUAGCGCG